CGCCUGUCUACUUUUAUUAUAGGAAGGUCUCCGCUCGUCCAUACAGCUGGGAGGGACUAUCAGCUGUAAUUGUUGACAGGACCUUUGGACCAUCAUGAAAUUUGUUUUCAUGCUCCGUAGCUGAAAUUUCGGAAGAUCCGAGACUUGAUUUCACUUCUUUAUCCUCACCAGUUUCCGUUUUUAAGGCUCCUUCAUCCGCUGCCGGUGUUUUAAAGCGUUAAAAGAAACCCACACACCUUUUCACAAAUGAGCAUGGACGCGGAGUAACCUGCUGCUGCCAGAUUAUUUAACUUUACCUGCAAAAACAGGUGAGGAAGGCUUUACAAAACGUCAUCUGUGGGUUUAUUCUGGUGUGCAUUUUGAUUAUAGUAACUGACAGCUAGCAGAAAAUAAUCAGAAUUCAGUUAUGAUUAUUUUUUAAAGAUUCUUAAAUAUAAUGAAUUAUGUCUCAAAGAUGCUCUACAUGCACCCAGAUUCUGACCGAGUGCUGUCGUGACCGACAUGGCCUUGUUUAACAUCCUCCUUCAAACUACCACUUCCUGGGGUGAAGAAGCUGCAGCAUGCAUGCACCUUCUCACCGAUCUGUUCACACAGACAGCUCUCACCUGCACACACGUGAAUUCCCCACAUGCAUGGUUUGUAGUUUUCAGUGGGUAACAAAGCACAAGCAAAUAACUUCCUUAUAGUAAACCAUGAAGGUUAAAGGUGAUGCCCCUUUGGCUAAAACUGAAAUGUGCCCUUUAAAAAACAAACGAAGCACUCAAAGCUGAUGUCUGUGUUGACUUUGUUUUGUUUUUCUAAACUAGAACUUUUUGGUCACAACCUAUAAACUGCUGAAACAAAACGAGAGCUUAUAAAACCGCAGCAGCAGCUUGCACUGCAUGCUUUCUGCAGCAAGGAAGUGUCCGUCUGCUGCUCAGGAAGAAAAUCUUUGACUUAUAUGGAGUUUCUUGACGUGCCUACUUGGUAAGAUCAACACUACCCAUCAUCUGAACUCUGGAAAGCUGUAAAACACAAAGUUCACUCAGAUGGCUGAGUGGGUGGCAUGAAAAAGGGGAUUGCCCCUCACAGAGAAUGGUACAUUUUUUCAUUUCCCAGUGUUCUUAACUGCAGCCUUGAUAAAAGUGUGUACCGGUAUUUAUUUAUGAAAAACGUGACUAUUUAUGGGUAUAUUUUCUUUCAUUUCCUUCAGGCCUGCUUUACAGAAACGGAUGAGGGCAAAGUAUGUGGUGAAAGCGGUACAAUGACAGCUUGUACUGAGUGGAAGAGCACUAAACUCAUACUUCCUCCCAUAGAUUUGAUGUACAGUUCUGUCUUUGUGCUUCGCUUCUACAUUAUAGUGUAUCAAUUAAGUCUAUUCUCCUCCACAUAAAAACAUCAGUGUGAACUGUUGUUACUUUUUCACACCAAGCGUCCUCUUUUCAGGUAAAAAUUCUGUGGUUAUUGAGGGGAUUAAUUCAGUCCAUACUGAUGUGCAUAAUAAAAGAGAGGCAGCUUUAUUUUAGUGGGAUUAAUAAUCUGAUCCAGGUAAGCAGGUAACCUGCAGAAUACUUGAUGUAUCAAUGUUUUAUAGCUCAAUUUACUUAAUGGCAGCAAUUUUCUACACCAGAGCGCCACCAGAGUAGCCUCACAAGAAUUGUAGAGCUAUUGGAAACUACUUUAAUGUAUCAUGUCUGAUAUUCAUUUUCUUUCUCCCUUUCCUUAUAUUUUUUUGAUCAAUUUUUUUUUUGUCAUUUUAAACAUAUUUUUAAUCUUAAAAUUGUAUUUUAUAUUUUAAAUAUUUUGUUUUUGUGAAGCGCCUCGUGAUUUUUAUCUUGAGAGGCACUAGAUCCUUUUCUUUCUUUCUUCUGUCAUGCAAUGAACUGUAAAGUUGACAUUUUAAUGUAUUUUAAGCUGUUUUUUUAGUGAUGCGCCGAUAUGAAAUAUUUGGGCAGAUACUGAUAGUCGAUAUUAAUAUCACUGUUACUGCUGAUAACCGAUAUUUGCUGAUACCGAUAUAUUGACAUUAAUGCUUCUAAUAUCGUCAUUUUGUAUAGAAUGAAAACCAUUAAAGCUGAGUUUACGUUAUUAUGUACACACACCACACACAUUUACACUUCUGUUCUGAGAUGAUUACAAUCACUGUCACAUGACUAAACAAAUAUGCAUCACCCCCUCACCCUCUGAAACAUAAACAAAUGGAAAUGAGAUGGAAAAACAUCAGUUGUUAAUAUCGGCCAAGUUUUAUUUAUCGGACCGAUAUGUUAAAAAAUGACUAACAUCUGUCAAUACCGAUAUUGAUGCUGAUAUAGUGGGCACCCCUACCUUUUUUUAGAACAUAUUUGUUGUGAUACCACGUGGAUAUGUUGAUAGGUGGAACUUUUGUGUUCUGUUUUUAUUCUGUCAGGACUGCAAAUGUUCAUUAGCCAGUGGCUAACUCUGGUGCCAUGCAUGAAGUGUCAACAUUUAUUAAGGUUUACUUGUGUUUUAGAUAAUUACUGUGCACACAUUAUUUCCUAACAACCCAGCAGGAAAAAAGUUUUUGAUAAAGAGGGAAAGAAUCAAGUUAGACAUUUAGACAAACCAGCAGUAAGAUUUUGCUCUGCAGGUCAGUCUAGCUAUGCUUCACUGAAACCUCAGCAGGUCUACCAUUGGCUAAAACAAUUUUAGUUCGAGCCAAUCACAGCACUCUGUAGAGAGAUGUUGGGUGGAUUUAAAGGGUGAGUCACACCAUGGGUGGAGACUUAUUUCACCCACACUUUCUGUUAGAAAAAUGCACUUAAAGGAGGUGUUGCCUGGUGGACAGAGAGAGCUGUAAUGAGACAGUGGUUUACAGCACCCCCACCCCACGAUCAGCUCACGGAGCUUCUCAAUCGGAAAAACGAGUCGCUAACAAGCGUGCACACUCUCGUGCGUGCAUUCAAGCCCACACACACACAGCUGACUCACUGAUUAGGAGAAGAGCAAACAGAGACAUUGAUGCGGUUGGGGGAUUUCCUGUCCACCGUGACCUCUAGAAGAAUGGGGGAGGGGAAAAUUUUCUAAGGAGGAGAUCAGCUCAGAGCCGUAACAUUUCAUAUCAGCAAGUGAGUGGCUGAGUCAGCUGGAGGUGUGGCCAAGACUUGGUUGGAGUAUAGUGCACCUGCACCUCUAUAGCCUUCAGCUGUGGCUGAUUCUAAAUCAAUGCAGCACAGAGUUUUAACCUGAAGAUAGAUAUCAUUACGGUUUUGGGCUGAAAUAUUAUAUCUUAAGUAAGUUGCACUAAACUACCUAAAUAAUUAAUACACAUGUCUACAGCACUAUUAAACACUCACUUAUAGGGAAACUAAGUCACGCCUUUCUACUUCCAGACCAUCGGUCGAAAAACGAGCUAACCCUAACCUAACCCUAUCCCCGGAAAAACGAAAAAAUGAAUGCAGGUCAAUGGGGCUAAAAAUGCUAUUUUGUAAUUCUGCUUGUUUUGUGCCAUGGAUUUCACAUAUGAUGUCUGUGAAUUUUAAAGAUGCAUUAUGAUACCAAGAAAGAGCUUAUUUUUGAACGGGGGGAAACACUAUUUUAGGUUUUGUGUGAAAAUAAGUCCAGAACUACAAAUGCGCUUCACAAAAUGACAUAAUCGAAUCAGACAUGGAGAAAACAGAGGGAAAAUGGCUGUAAGUUCAGCAAACUUCAAAUCUUUCCCACAGGAGGAAAGAACCACCAUAAAUCUGGCCAUGUGGUACAUAGCAGCUACGCUAGGGGAGAGGAGAUUAUGUGGUGACGUUACAAAUGCGACGUGCUGAUGUAGUUAUGCUAAUUACAAACUUUUACAAGCUGAUAAUUCUCAAUGCACAUGACCGGCGUUGUCGAAACAUCCAUCAUUACUUUUCAUUUAAGUUGCAGUACAACAUAUGUGCAAUCCAGGGCAUGAGGCAAAGCGGAUUAGAAAAUAGUUCUUUUAGCCCAUUGACUUGCAUUCUUUUUUCAUUCUUCCGGGGACUCCCCCGAAAAAUUAACAACGUGGUUCACACACGUUUGUCUAAAACCCCCGCCAAUAACACGGCUUGGACUGAAAGAAGCUGGUUGUCGGUCUUGCCGAACCGCUGCGCUUCCACACUUCCCUGGGCUCUCCACUCAUUACACACCCGCGUAUUUAGCAACAGAAAACUACCGGUGUGAGAGGUCCUCUGCUCAGUAACAUCAGAGAAGGAGAAACAGCCGGCUGCUACCACUUCAACUUUAGGGCAAACUGAGUCCCAUAAAGAAAAACAUAAUUUGAAGUCAAUGACAACAACAGACUUUGGGAUCUAGAAAACAGUGACUGGUGUUCAGCGCUCUUUUGUUUCCUCUGCUAAUGUGGCGUUCCGGUGGACAUGGAUCCAGGGAAGAUACCGAGGGGAGUGUUCUGUGACUUUGUAGAUUAGCUAAAGCAGCUUUAAGUCACUUAUUUCCAAAAAAGAAUGUAUUUGCUUCUUCUUCUUCAUCUUUGACAGUAUAUGGCUGUGAGCUCCAUUGACUGAUUUCCACAGCAAUGAAUACUUCUCUUAUGUUUCUCUGAUUGGUCCUAGGACUGUCAAAUGCACUCAGACAACGGUGUAUUACGCCCUUACAUUUGAGCUCUGUCUAUGGGUUUACAUUUUUAGGAGGGCUUGCCAGGCUAGCAAGUAUAUUUAAAUAAUGUUGAAGUAUGAGUAACUGUUUUCAGCAAUGAACAAAUUAGUUUCAUACAGUGUUGAUUUAGGGUCAAGGAAUUUGCAUAUUAUCUCCAAAUUCACCUACUUUAUCUUUUUAACCAAUCCUUUUUUAAAUGAGCAGCAGGGUUCUUCCCCUCAGACCUUUCUCUGCAGGUAGAGAAGGGCGUGGCAGACCCACCAGGGCCAGAGAAGAUAUUUCUACAUUCCUGUCUUGUCUUGCUUUGUUCAGUCAAGCUGCUACUAACUUGUGCAGAUCAGAUCUCUACUGGCUUUCAUUAAAAAUCGACCAGCAGCUCAUCAACAGGCCUCGUUCCAAUUGUUAGAGAGGAAGAGGAUAUGUAGAAUUAAUACCCAACUGUUAUUUCAUUUGUCUCUGUAAGGAACUUAGAGGCACAGUUCAGAUCAUUUCACGUGGGGAUCUAUGGAGAGGUUAUGAGUAAUUAAUAUGUUACAGUUUUAGAUAGCUCUCUAAACAGCCUCUGUCUGGAGAAAUGGAGACUAGCUCUGACUGCACUAAUCCCUGUGAAGACACUCAGUGCGGUUACAUGCGCACUGACCAACGAUCCAUGUCGAUCUUAUUGGAAUAAGCCGGGAUUCUUUAUCCUAGUUUAGAUGCAAAACCGAAAAUAAAGUUGGUUCCCCUCCAGUACAGUAGGGGGCAACAUGCCCCUUUUCAUGUUAGCAUUCUUCUGGUUAGCUUAUAGCAACACAAGCAGUCUUUCUGAUGUGCAUGUAAAUUACACUGACUUUAAAAGGAGAGAAGUGUUGUUUCCAGAAAUUAAUUUAGCAAAGAAUUUCUAUCGGAUUCAUGCAAAGUUUAUUUUAUAAGCCCCUGCAUUACAUGCUCAGUUAUUUAUUUGAUUCUUUAUGGUCAAGUGUAACAGAUAUUAGCAGUGCAGCUUGCUAGCUGUGGUUUGAUCACAGCAAUGAACACAAAAUCAUUCAAACAAACUUGUUGAAUCUAAUCUUGUAUUUUCAGACCAGCUGAAUUGUUAAGUUGGUUUCUGUUCAUAUUGAUGAUGACAGGCUUCACAGUGAUAAAGAGCACCAGGGGGAAACACAAUGGUGGCCUUGUGUGCUUCACAAAAAGAGCCAAGCUGUUUUUGUGGAGAGCUCUCUGGAAACUGCAGUGUGACUCGAUGUCUGCAUUCUGCUUUUUUCACUCAGCUGCCCGCCGCUGCUGCUGAGAUGUAAUUCAGCAUUUUGAAAGAGAUGAAAUGUUGGAUGGCACCCCCAGCCUUAGUGAUUCAUCCGUCUCAUAGCCAGAACUCUUCUUAUAGAGUUUGUUCUGACAAUUUCUGUUUAGGUCAUCAGAUCAUGUUGUUCUGAAAUGGAUCAAGGUUCAGACAUGUUGGAUCUUUCAGGUGGAUUGUGAUCAUGUGACUGGAUGGAUUAGUCGAAUGUAGUCCACAUCCUCAUUCUGAAAAGCUGUACAUUUGCUGGUUUUAUGUUUGGACAUUUUCACCCUGCUGAGUUAUGAGUGUUUUAUCCAUUGCGAUUGGAGAUAUUUAGUUGUAAACUGAGUCGAUUUUAGACACACAAGAACUUUUUCGGUCCCCAGCAAUAAAGAGAAAAGAGAAACACCUGUUUUGACUUUUUAAUACAUUUAUUUUUUCAUUGUAAAAACAAAAAAGCAUGGAAUACACUUAAGCCUAAUUUUUACUUGGCGCAAGAGCUCUCCAACUGGCUCGUAGAGGGUGAAGGAGACAUGCCAAAAUUUUUUACUAUCCAUCAAAAGUGAUGGAUACUGCAAGCUUGUGAUAGGUUAGGAUGCUGCUUCCUGUAAAUUCGUCAAUAGCACCUCCUUUGCACCCUCAAAAAGUAAAAGGCUAUUUAGCGGCAGACACAGAACAGAUUGAAGAAUGCAAAACUGAAAAAAUCUGAAAAUAUGAACGUUUAUUCACCUGUGACUGAAGAAAGGCAUCAAUCGUUUUUAUUCAUGGGAGAAAAAGACGAGAAACACGAGUUUAGACCGCAUGAGGAGUUGGAUUUAAAAAAAUUUGAACAUUAAAAAUAAGACAGAAAUAGAAACAAAUAUUUACAGAAAAACAUAAUACAAAAGAACAAAGAAAACAGAUAUAGCUAUCAAGUUAGCAAAAAUAUAUUACAUUUAUUUUUUUUAUAUUUAUAUUGGAUGGGGGACGAAUUUGUUUGCGUUCAGAAGUCUCUGAAAUACAUUAAAACAAUAUAAACACAAUAGUAAAUACACUGUCGUGGACUGGAUACGUAACUGUAAUGGUCGCAGGACACCUCAGAAUAGGCUGUGCCCUCAAUUGUCCUGACAGGGAAUUGCUUUGCAACACUCUCCAGCUGACAGAGAAGUCUGAAAGUAAAAUGUCUCUGUCAAUGCGAUUGGGACUCUCCCUCGUGGAGCUGACAGAGAAGUAUAUAUUAGGCUUUAGGACUAGGCUUGGGCGGUAUCCAAAUUUUGAUACCAUCUAACUUCCUCCACAUUUUACCACGAUGUACGGUUUUACCGAGACUAAUAGAAAAAACAUGACCUCAAGAGUAAUUACAAAACUGUAGGUUUGGACCUUCACCGUUCAGGCCUCAGGGCUAAAAACCUGCUUCCAUGAGUUUGUGACACAGACACAGGUACUUUGGGUUUAGUCGCGACAUCUGAAGACUGAAAACUCAAGCUAGAAAAAAGAAAAAAAACUAAGGGUAAAAUAGAAAGAAAAAAAUAACAAAGAUUAUGGACACUAGUUGCUCUUAAAGGCUCACAGGAAGACUUGUAUUUAUUUGAGUAUUAUUAAUUUAUCUGUAAAUUUUAUAAUUUAUUUUAUCACUAAAACUGCUUAUAUGGGGAAUAGAAAUUAAUGAUUGUUUUGGAAUUGUAGUCAUUUUCUAACUGUUAAUUUUAAUACAUAAAACGGUCUAAGAUGGGAAAUAUAUUUCACUCAUAGCCUCACCAAGAGUUUCUUUUCACCAGCCGCCACUGAACUGUACCAGCUAGUUGGUGAGUUAAAAAAAACAGGAACAGUGUCAGAUUUAUGAUUAGCACGUAUUAUGAAAUGUUAUUUAGUGUGUUGAAGUUAUUUGGUUGACUGAGAACUUUCAGUAGCACAUUAUUUUCAUUAAGGUUUAGGAAUGGUGUGUUCAUGGUCUUUAAAUAGAUUAUUUUGUUUCAAAUCAGCCAGUCAAUGAUUUAGCCAAUGGUGAUGAGAAUUGGCUAAUUUUGAUCUCCAGGUGAUUAGUCUCUAUUAUAAACUGUUGCAUUUAUGAGAAAAGUAAAUAUUCCAGUGAGUUCAACUAUUUGGAAACAUUCUAUCAACCUUCCUAUUAAUCUGGCUUAAAAUAUAACUUUCUGGCUGUUUGCAUCAAAUUUCUUUAUAUUUCUACUUGCAUUAAGCUCCUAGCUUACAGGUGAUUGUAAAUAAAAGUUUAAUAAGUUGAAGUCUUUGUUCAAGCUGCUGAUUUGACCAAAGUGGAUCUAAGCCAGAAACAUUUGCGCGCAGUGUUUGCUGUAGCCCCGCCAAAACGCUGGUGUGUGUGUGCACACAUCUGUUCUCGUUUUCAUUCUGGGUGCUCGGCACCGUGUGAAAUGUUAAAGGGUAAUGUAGAUGAGCUGGGAUGAGCAGAGAAGGAGGGGUGGAGGGGGGUUUGGGCAGGAAAUGCAUUCAGAUCCUCAACACAGAAGGCAGCUGCAGCUCUGCACAUGGGAACAACAUCCGCCACAUCCCCACCAUGCUGAGUGAGGACCUUCUUCUCUUGGAGAAGCCUUUUUUUUAGUAGUAUUUAGUGAAAAUUCAGACCUUUUAUAAUAAAUGCACAGCAAAAUCAACAUGCUGCAUUAUGUUUUCAGCAGGAGAUGCACUCCUAAAAGGAACAGUUAGUCCUGUCUUCCCUACUUCUAAUGCCAGUAUUACAUUACUCUAAAUAAGGCAAAACCUGCAGGAUGUUUGUCUCGCAUGUAAUGGACAACGCAAAGGAUGUGACCUCAUGUAAAGUGACGGAGUAUCAGGGGGAGAAUUUUCCCCAUCUGCUCUGACCACGGAGCCCCGUCACCUCUCUGGGGGAAGUGAAAGAGGAAGUGGAGCUCAGAGGGAGGACAUAUUUAGGAUGGCUCACUGUUAAACACCAAGUCUGACUUCUUGCGCAAAACUCAGUAUUCAGAUUGAUUCAGUGAGUGAUCUGUUGGAGCGUCAGAGUGUUUGCUGUACGAGUCCCUCAAGUUUGGUCAGAUCUCACCACAAGAUUGCAUUCCAGCGUGGCAGAUAGCAUAGGCUCAAACUACACAGAAGAAACCUGUAAUGUUAAGUAAUUGUGUGAACUUCUAAUUAAAAAGAGGGAGUUAGCAUCUCUAAUUUGUUUUUUUUACAAUGAAAGUUGCUCUAUAAUCAUAACAAAGUGUUGCCUUGCAUCAUGGAAACUUGGGCACUAUUUGUGGAAGAGUGAUUACAAAAACAGUCCCACUUGUUCUGCUUUCUAUUUGAGUAUUUUAUUUUUACUGUCACUGUCUGACAUGUCACCACCAUACAUUCUGAUAGAAACUGAUCUGAUUGUUUUAAAUGAUCACAAAACUAAUAAAUGAAAUGUCUUCUUGAUGAUUUGCUUGUGGCUUGAAAGCUUUUACUCAUAUUCCGUUUCCUUCUUUAGGUUCUGUGUGUGUGUGUGUGCGCGUGUGUGUGCGUGUGUGUUUCACUAGCUCUGAUGGUAGCAGCAGGAAUAUCUCACCAGUGAGAGGCUUCAAGCACCUCAUUAUGACUGAGGUCCAGAGUCCAUGGCCGCAGGGCACAGAGUGUGUGGCCAGGUACAACUUCCUCGGCACAUCGGAGCAGGACCUGCCGUUUAACAAAGGAGACAUUUUGACAAUCAUCGUUGUCACAAAAGAUCCAAACUGGUACCAAGCAAAAAACUCUGCAGGCCGCGAGGGAACUAUUCCAGCCAACUAUGUUCAGAAAAGAGAAGGUGUGAAAUCUGGAGGGAAAUUGAGUCUAAUGCCAUGGUUCCAUGGGAAGAUAACACGAGAUCAGGCAGAGAGACUGCUUCACCCUCCUGAAACGGGCCUGUUCUUGGUGCGAGAAAGCACCAACUUUCCCGGCGACUACACCCUGUGUGUGAGCUGCGAUGGUAAGGUGGAGCACUAUCGCAUCAUCUACCACAACGGCAAGCUCACCAUCGACGAGGAUGGCUAUUUUGAGAACCUUAUGCAGCUGGUUGAGCACUACACCAAAGAUGCUGAUGGUCUGUGCACCAGACUCAUCAAGCCAAAACUGGAGGAGGGGACUGUAGCCGCCCAGGAUGAGUUUUCCAGGAGUGGGUGGUCGAUGAGCAGGAAAGACCUGAAGCUGCAGCAAGUUAUUGGAAAAGGAGAAUUUGGAGAUGUUAUGGUGGGAGACUACAGAGGAACCAAAGUAGCAGUCAAGUGCAUAAAAAAUGAUGCGACGGCACAGGCCUUCAUCGCAGAAGCUUCCGUUAUGACACAAUUACGGCAUGAUAAUCUGGUACAGCUGCUUGGUGUGAUUGUAGAGGAGAAUGGAAGUCUUUUUAUAGUUACUGAGUAUAUGGCCAAGGGCUGCUUAGUUGAUUACUUACGAUCUAGAGGCCGUUCUGUACUCGACGGAGAAGCGCUCCUUAAUUUUACUUUAGAUGUCUGUGAAGCCAUGGCGUAUCUGGAGGUCAACAACUUUGUACACAGAGAUUUAGCAGCCAGAAACGUUCUUGUGUCCGAGGAAAACACGGCCAAAGUCAGUGACUUCGGCCUCACCAAAGAGGCGUCUUCCACUCAGGAUACAGCUAAACUUCCUGUUAAAUGGACCGCACCAGAAGCUCUCAGAGAAAAGAAGUUUUCUACCAAGUCAGACGUAUGGAGCUAUGGGAUUUUACUUUGGGAGAUUUACUCAUUCGGCCGAGUCCCUUAUCCAAGAAUUCCGUUGAAAGAUGUGGUGCCACGAGUGGAAAAGGGGUACAAGAUGGACUGUCCAGACGGCUGUCCUGAAGUGGUGUAUAACAUCAUGAAGCAGUGCUGGAACCUGGAUCCUGCUGCUCGACCAACCUUUCAGAUGUUGAAGGAGUGGUUACAACACAUUAGUCACAAAAAGUGAUUUUCCUCCGCUUUUUCUUUUGUCUACCUGGACCAAGGACUUUUAUUUUUCAAGUGUCAAAAUACCUUUUUUUUUUUUUAGUUUAAAGCAGCUUUUUGAAACAUAUGCUUCUUAUUGACGUCCCUCAUGUCAGAUGUCCGUUCCAACAGGAUUUUAGCCACACAAGGCCAAAAUGUUUGUGGUGUCUUCCUGGACUUUGCUUUCUUCAGAAUAUUAAACAAACAUCAAAUGGGACUGAGUCGUUCAAAAGUACUCUGAUGGGAUUUCAUACAUUUGAUGUCCUUCAUUUUGAUAUUUCACACGAGGAAAUGUUUUUAAAGAUUUGUCAACUUGUCAUCAGAGAGGAGAGAAAAAUACCCUUUAAAUCAGAAUAUUAUUUGUCAUUAAAUGCUGUAUGAUUAUAAUGACUAUUACAGUUUGCAGGUACACUUUUUACAUGGAUGUUGAGUUAAAUUGUCUAAAAAGCAGUACUGAAACCAUUAUCUGCUUUUUUUAUCAUUGAAAUAUUAUUAAAUACACUGCGAUGGACUGGCAAUCUGUCAUCCUGCAUGGACAAGCGGGUUCAGAAAAUGGAUGGAUCAAUGGAUAAUAUUAAAUACAUAAAUAAUUUCAUAAUUUCUUGACAUCUUUUAAACACUUUUUAGGUUCUGAAUUUUAAAUCUGACAAUAUGAAAACUAUUUUGUGAAAUUUUGAAUAAGAACGACAGUCUGGAAUUUUCUUGGUAUAUAAUGUACCAUACUGCCAUUUUUAACAAUAAAAUAUAUUUUAAAAGAC